AUAAAUACCCUCCUUGUGCUGCUACCUCACUUAUCAUGUGUGAACAUGGUGUCGGGUCUGAAGGUCCUUCUGUUCCUCAGCCUGCAUCUCUUGCAGGGAGUGAAAAGCUCCAUGGUCCAUCUGAACAAAAAUGGAUACGAGGGAGUGGUCAUUGCAAUUAACCCCAGUGUUCCAGAAGAUGAAAGACUCAUCCAAAGCAUAAAGGAAAUGGUAACCCAAGCCUCUUCUUACCUGUUUGAAGCCAGCAAAGGAAGAUUUUAUUUCAGGAAUGUAAGCAUUUUAGUUCCGAUGACCUGGAAGUCAAAGUCUGAGUACCUAACUCCAAAAUGGGAAUCAUAUGACAAAGCAGACAUCAUAGUUGCUGAACCUUACCUGAAAUAUGGAGAUGAUCCCUACACACUUCAGUAUGGACAGUGCGGAGACAGAGGACAGUACAUACAUUUUACUCCAAACUUCCUCCUGACUGAUAAUUUGCCUGUGUAUGGACCCCGAGGCAGAGUCUUUGUCCAUGAGUGGGCCCAUCUCCGUUGGGGAGUAUUUGAUGAGUAUAACACAGACCGACCAUUCUACAUGUCCAGAAAGAACACCAUUGAAGCAACAAGAUGUUCCAUUGGCAUUUCUGGCAGAAACGUGGUCCACGAAUGCCAGAGAGGCAGCUGCAUAACAAGGCAAUGCCGGCGUGAUUCAAAGACAGGACUGCAUGAGCCCAAAUGUACAUUUAUCCCAAACAAAUCCCAGGCUGCCAGGGACUCCAUAAUGUUCAUGCAAAGUCUUGAUUCUGUGGUUGAAUUUUGCACAGAAAAAACCCACAACACAGAAGCCCCAAACCUACAGAACAAAAUGUGUAACCACAGGAGCACAUGGGACGUAAUCAAGGAGUCUGCUGAUUUUCAGAAUGCCUCUCCCAUGAUAGGAACAGAAGCCCCGCCUCCACCUACAUUUUCAUUGCUGAAGUCCAAGCAGCGGGUAGUCUGCUUGGUGCUAGAUAAAUCUGGAAGCAUGGACUCAGGAAACCCUGUCACUCGUAUAACACAAAUGAACCAAGCAGCAGAGCUGUACUUAAUCCAAAUUAUUGAAAAGGAGUCCUUGGUUGGCAUGGUCACAUUCGAUAGCACUGCUACAAUUCAGAAUAAUCUAAUAAGAAUGGUCAAUGAGAGCUCCCAUCUAGAGAUCAGCGCAAAGCUGCCUCGGGAAGCUGGUGGGGGAACUUCAAUUUGCAGCGGACUCAGAGAAGGAUUCAAGGCAAUAACCUCCAGUAACCAGAGGACUUCCGGUUCUGAGAUCGUGUUGCUUACAGAUGGAGAAGAUGACCAAAUAAGUUCUUGCUUUGAGGAGGUCAAAGGCAGUGGUGCCAUCAUCCACACCAUCGCUCUGGGGCCUUCUGCUGACAAGGGACUGGAGACCCUGUCAACCAUGACGGGAGGGCUUCGCUAUUAUGCCAGUGAAGAUGUAAAUGGCCUUGUGGAUGCUUUCAGUGGGAUUUCAUCUAGGAGUGGCAACGUCUCUCAGCAGGCUCUGCAGUUGGAGAGCAAAGCCUUGAAUAUUACCGGGAAGGAAUUGAUAAAUGGCACAGUGCUGGUGGAUAGCACCGUUGGCAGUGACACGUUCUUUGUUGUCACCUGGAUGAUUCAAAAGCCAGAAAUUAUCCUUCAAGAUCCUAAAGGAAAAAAAUACACAACCUCAGACUUCCGAGACGAUAGGCUAAGUAUCUUCUCUGUUCGACUUCGAAUACCAGGCAUUGCAGAGACAGGUAUUUGGACUUACAGCCUUAAAAAUAAGAACGCCAGAUCUCAGUUGCUAACAGUGACAGUGACCACUAGAGCGAGAAGUCCUACCACACUCCCAGUAAUCGCAACUGCUCACAUGAGUCAAAACACAGCACAGUACCCUAGCCCGAUGAUUAUUUAUGCACGAGUCAGCCAGGGCUUCCUGCCUGUUCUGGGAGCCAGUGUCACAGCCUUUAUAGAAGCUGAAGAUGGACAUCAAGUCACACUGGAGCUCUGGGACAACGGGGCAGGUGCUGACACACUAAAACAUGAUGGCAUCUACUCAAGAUAUUUUACAGAGUACCACGGGAAUGGGAGAUACAGCUUAAAAGUCAAUGUCCAGGCAAGAAAAAACACCACUAAACUAAAUUUAAAACAACCAAACAAGUCUCUGUAUGUCCCUGGCUACAUUGAAAAUGAUCAAAUAAUACUUAAUCCACCCAGACCUGAGGUUCCAGAAGCCACAGAAGCUCCCGUGGAAGACUUCAGCAGACUAACCUCUGGAGGGUCGUUUACCGUGUCUGGAGCGCCUCCUGGUGGUAACCACGCUCAUGUGUUCCCACCCAGUAAAGUCACAGAUCUGGAGGCUGAGUUUAAAGGAGAUGACAUUCACCUGACAUGGACAGCCCCUGGUAUGGUACUCGACAAAGGAAGGGCACACAGAUACGUCAUCAGAAUGAGUCAGCAUUCUCAGGAUCUCCAAGAAGGUUUUCAUAAUGCUGCUGUAGUGAAUACUUCUGGUCUGGUACCUAAGGAGGCUGGGUCAAUAGAAAAUUUUGAAUUCAAACCAGAAACCUUGAAAAUAGAAAAUGGUACCAUGUUCUACAUUGCAGUUCAGGCCAUCAAUGAAGCGAAUCUCACUUCAGCGAUCUCCAACAUCGCACUGGCUGUCAAGUUUAUUCCUCCACAGGAAUCCAGCAUCCCUGAUUUGGGUACCAAAAUGCCUGCACCUAGUUUGACAGUUUUUGUAUUUGUUGCAACUUUAUUCACAUUUUAAACUAGAAAUUAUAAU